AUGGGUGUUCCAAAAUUCUAUAGAUGGAUUAGCGAGCGGUAUCCCUGCCUCAGCCAAGUUGUCUCCGAUGCCCAGAUACCGGAAUUCGAUAAUCUGUACCUGGACAUGAACGGCAUCAUCCACAACUGCUCCCACCCCGACGACGACGACGUCACGUUUCGCAUCGAGGAGGAGCAGAUCUUUGCCGCGAUAUUUAAUUAUAUUGAUACGUUGCUCCGCAUCAUCAAGCCGAAGCGCUGCUUCUUCAUGGCCAUCGACGGGGUGGCGCCGCGCGCAAAGAUGAACCAACAGCGUGGCCGGCGAUUUAUGUCUGCCCGCACCGCCGAGUUGGCCAUGGCCGCCCACGAGCGAAAGGGCGGCGAGGCCGUCGAGGGCGAGCGGUUCGACUCCAAUUGCAUUACGCCAGGAACGCCCUUCAUGGACCGCCUUCACAAGGCCAUCGACGCGUGGGUGGCCCGGAAGAUUGUCGACGACCCGCUCUGGCGAAUUAGAGUCAUUUUCUCAGGGCACAACUGUCCCGGCGAGGGUGAACACAAAAUCAUGGACUUUAUUCGGGCGGAGCGGGUGAAGCCCGACUACGACCCGAACACCCGGCAUUGCAUGUAUGGACUCGACGCGGAUUUGAUGAUGCUCGGCCUCUCGUCGCACGAACCGCACUUUUCGUUGCUGCGCGAGGAGGUGAAAUUCGGACGGCCCCCGUCAAAAAAUGCCGCCAAGAAGGGCCAAAAGACGAGAGAACUGAAAAACCAGCCGACCGAUAUCACCUUUCACCUACUGCAUCUGCAGCUUUUCCGCGAAUAUUUGAGCUGGGAAUUCCACGAGCUCGAGACAAAACUCAGCUUCCCGUUUGAUUUGGAGAAUAUCAUCGAUGACUGGGUGCUGAUGUGCUUUUUAAUUGGUAACGAUUUUAUCCCGCAUCUGCCCAACGUGCACAUCCACCAAAAUGCACUGCCGCUCCUCUACAAGACCUACAUCACGGUGCUGCCGACGUUGGGAGGGUACAUGAACGAGAAGGGCGUGCUCAACCUGAAGCGCUUUGAGACGUUUUUGAAGGAGUUGGCCGAUACGGACAGGAAAUGCUUCAUCGAGAAGAUGGACAACGACCAGUUUAUGGACUCGAAGCGCGGCGUGCUUUUUGGCGACGCCGAGGGGCAAGAAGGAGCGGGAGAAGAGGAAGCUGACGAUGGGAAACAGAAGAAAAAGAAGAAGCUGGAACGAUACGCGGAUUCUGACCUGUCGGCGGCCUCCGACGAGGAGUCUGAAGAACAAUCUGACGAUGCGGCCUUCGUGACGUCAGAUGAGGAUGGGGAAGUUGACAGCGACGCGGAUGACGAUCUUCUGGCUACCGGCGUGCUGUCUGCAGAGGAUGCGAUGGCCUCUGACGAUUUUGACGGCGAUUUCGACGACGACCUGGGCGCAGCACUGCGCGGAAUGGACGACGACGCCUUCGAGAAUGACCCUGACAAAUGCUGGUCGGUGGCCAUCAACAACAAGUUCAAACGCCAUCGCCGCGACUACUACCGCGAGAAGAUGAAGUUUGGCAAUAUCUCGAGGGAUCAGCUGCGAGCACAGGCCGAGGGAUACAUACGGGCCAUACAGUGGAAUCUCCAUUACUACUAUCAUGGAUGCGUGUCCUGGAGCUGGUUCUUCCCGUUCCACUUUGCCCCCUACAUCUCGGACAUUCUGAAUUUCGACGAGGUCGACGUCUCCUUCGACCUCAGCGAGCCGUUCAAGCCGUUCGAGCAGCUGCUGGCCGUCUUGCCGGCGGCGAGUGCGAAUUGUUUACCGGUGCCUUUGCAGGCGCUGAUGAAGGACGACAACUCGCCCAUCCUCGACUUCUACCCCACCGACUUCGAGACGGAUCUGAACGGGAAGGUGAACGACUGGGAGGCCGUCGUCCUGGUCCCGUUCAUCGACCAGGCGCGGCUGUUGCAGGCCAUGGAGAGCAAGCAACGCUUCCUAUCCGCCGACGAGAAGCGCCGCAACACCCUCGGCCCCCACAUCCAAUACACGGCCGACACCAGGCGUCUCGAUGCCGUCAAGCCGAUCAGAACCGAGAUCGACAAGGACGAGUAUCGCUUGCCGCGCAGCAAACUGGUGCUCGGCCUCCUUGCCGGCGUCAAGCUGGAUGUGCACUUCCCCGGGUUUCCGACAAUGUGCCACAUCCCGCACACCGCCAUGCUCGAGCCGGUCGGCGUCAAGGUAUUCACCCAAACCUCGAAAAAGCCAAGCAUGCUGCUGAAACCGAAAUGUCGCCCCGAGUUCGAGCGGGACCUCGACGUCAUCGCCAAGGAGCUGCUCGACACGCAGGUGUACGUCAAAUGGCCGAUCCUCAUCCUCGCCAAGGUCAACCAGAUUUGGGACAAGGAUUGCCGCUUCUUCUACGACGGCACCGAGAUCAAGAAGGCGGCGCUCGAUGACGACGAGCGCGACGAGUUCGUCAGUGCCGUCAAGAACGAGCGGGCCGAACUUCUCCACCGGUACGCCAUCGACACGGGCCCCGUCGAGCGGAUCGCGUUCUGCUCCAAGUUCCUCGGUUUCACUUAUCAAGCGAAAAACGGUCAAAUGGAGCAGGUGAAGCAGUGGUCCGGCUCGGCGACCACCGACCAGAUGCUUCGCGUCCCGCUGCAUCUCAUCGUCUCGAACAUCAACGUGGAGGCGAACCGUGCCGCCCACGUCGUCCCGAUCAGCACCAUUUUCCCCGUCAAUUCGAAGGCGUUCGUCAUCCACACCGGCGUGCCGGCCACGUACGGCCAUCCGGGCAUCAUCACAGACAUUAUGGAGCCGGGGCUGCCGACUUCGCGCAUCGUGCUGAAAGUGGCCAUCUACCCGGACCCGAACCUGCUCCUCAUCCGGAAGGAGAUCAAUCUCCACUCGCUCGUUUGGCUCGACCGUUAUCAGUGCGCGAGGAGGGCGAAUGUCUCCACGCUGCUCUUCCUGCGCAUCGUCGGCUCAAUGUACCUGAUCACCGACCCGAAGGCCAAGCACGACGAGAAUCCGAAGACAGCGGCCCGCAUCCCCAUCGGCCUGAACCUCAAGUCCGACAAGUUCAACAAGGAGAUUCCCGACUACUCGCGCAAAAACGGCCAAUAUUGGGACUACUCGAACAUGUCGAUCGCCCUCAUCAUGGAGUAUUACAACAAAUUCCGCCCAAUGUUCGACUACAUCGACCGGAAGUUCCGCGUCAGCGAGGACUUCCAGGAGCCCUACUUUGCCGAAGAGAUUUGGCCAAACGAGCAGUCGCGCGAGAAGAAGCUCGACGAGCUGAAGGCGUACCUCAACGACCUGCCCACGAAUACGAUUGCCAAAAUCCCGUGCGGAACGCCAUAUCUCGACUCGGGCUGUAUUAAGCAACUCGAGAAAGCCGCCAAAUUGGCCGCCGGCUGCCAGCCGACGAUGAAAAAGCUCGCCGUCCUGCCCGCCUAUGUCUUCAAGCGCUCAAUGUUGGGCGGUCGUGUGCUGCCCGACGCGGAGGCCGACUUCGAGCUGUUCGACCGGGUCACCUUCGUCGCCGAGGGGCUGUCGGUGCCGUGCGGAAGUCGCGGUACGGUAAUCGGGAGCAGCGACGACAAGCUGGAGGUGUUCUUCGAUCGUCCAUUCGGCGCCGGAUACAAAAUUCGAAGCUCGCUGGCGCAGUGCUACAAGGUGAACAAGACGGACGUGCUGAACAUCACCUUCGCCCUCUACAGAAAGGGCAAAGAGGCCGAGCUGAAGAAGGCCAAGGCCGCACAGAAAAAAUUCACCAAGCCCGGCGCGGUGGUGACUUCCGGCGAGUUUGUCGCCUGGGCCCCGCCGAUCCAGAAGCAGAACAAGCCGGACCGUCAGCCCGAAUCGUCCGGAAAAUCGUGGGAGCCCGAGGCGCCCAAGAUCUUGACCCGGCCCAAGAAUGAGGACAAGCCGGCGAAAGGCAGCAAGAAGGACGAGUCUGAGAAGCCCUCAAAGCAAAGCAAGAAGCAGGAGAAGCCCUCAAAGUCUCCGCCCAUCACGUCGAGUACGGAGGAGAAGACGUCACAGAAACCGCCGAAGCCGGCGAAGCAGCAGGAGAAGCCUUCCAAGUCUUCGCCCACCACUUCCAGCUCGGAAGAGAAGACGUCUCAAAAACCGCCGAAGCCGGCGAAGCAGCAGGAGAAGCCCUCAAAGUCACCUCCAAGCGUUUCGCCCUCUGAACAGAAGGUGUCGCAGGAAAAGCCGAAAGCCAAGCAGGCGAAGCCCCUGACGAAGCCACCCGCCAAGUUCAAGCCCGAAGAUGUGGAAAAUGUUGAGGCUUCGGACGCGCUGAAAAAGCUGAUCGACCUGGCGCUGAGCAGCGGGGCGUCCGACAGUCUCGAGGCGGCCGAUCGUGACGAGGAUGAGGAGCUGGGCACAAUGUCCUUCCUCUCGCCCGCCAAGGCUACGAAAUCGGCCGAAUCCGUGGAACCACCGCCAACCACCGAGGCGUCAACACCACCAGAAGUGGUGGCGACGGAAAAGAGCGAGACGUCGAAGGCAGAUGAGAUGGAGGUGGACACGGUGCCACCGGCGGACGAGGAGCCUGGUGAAGUCGUCGCCCCAAAUCGCCAUCACAGUGAUGGAGAGUUCCGCGGAGCAAGACGUGACAACGAAUCGCCAAAUGGGAAUCGUGGCGGACCUAACAAUCGUGGAUGGCGCGGCGGCCAUCACCAGCCCGUGCCCCCGUAUAUGAUGCCCAACUUUCCGCCGCCGAUGAUGUUUGCCCGCGGUCACCCGAUGAUGCAGCUGUUCGGACCGCCGCGCGGCAUCAACCAGCAGCCGCCACAAUCCUUCUUCAACAACCGAGGGCAUCAACAGCAUCAUCAACAACAACAUGGAGGGAAUGAUGGAGGGCGAGGCGGAAGGGGCGGACGAGGCGGAACGGGAGCAAGAGGAGGAGGAGGAGGACGGGGCAGCUACAUCAACCAGCAGCUCCUCAACAACGCCGACCUCAAGCCCAGCACGUUGAUGCGACCACGCGGCGGUCGACCCGGUCGCCCAGGCCCACGAGCAACACCCCGCGGGCUCGACCGGCAGUUCUCCGACGAAAAUCGCCAGUCGACGAGUUCUCCAUCGCCACCAACCGUCACCAUCCCGACGACUCAACCCCCCACAGCCAACGUCGACCAGAAGCCCAGCCCGCGCCAAGGGCCCAAGCCCCGCAAACAACGACUGGCCGCCAAUUUUGCCGCCUCU